CUGAAACAUCUUGCCUCAUCUCAGUGGUCAGCUCAUGCCAAGCUUGAGCUACCACAGAACCCUACUUCUUGUUCUUGAUAGGCACUUCGGCCACCUCUCUGCAUCAAAGAUGAAGAUUGGCAAGGGCACGGAGCUCCUGAAGAAGGUGGCUGCGACGUGCAAGAACAAGACCAGCGUGCUGGCAGCAAGGCUCCUCGUCCUCGUGUCGCUCCGCCGCAGGAUGGCCACCGUCGGCGCCUUCUCCCACAGGAUCCAUGGGCUCGUGGCUGCUGCCGACCGGGAGAAGGGCGCCAGGGUGGACUGCCACAGGGCUCUCGUGGUGCGCAAGGUCCAGAAGACGCCAACGAUCCAUGGUGGUGAGAUUGUUGUUAAUAUCUCUCAUCAUCUGGCAAUGUUUGAUCAAGAGAAUGAUGGUCAUGCUGGAUGCACUGAUUGGACACUACACCCCAUCUUCAACGACGAUGGUAACAGCUCUUGUUACAUCGAGUGCGAGGUGGACAACGAUGAAGAAGAUGGUGAUGGGCUCGAUGAAUGUGAUGAAGACGUUGACGACCAACCGUCGGUCAUGGAUGUAAUCCGGAACACCCGAGAAGCAGAAGGUUUGGAGUUCAGCAUUGACGAUGAGAUCGAUCAGGCUGCUGAUAUGUUCAUCACGAGGUUUCGGAAGCAAAUGAACCAGAGCUUCUAGUAAGCUUGUGUGUGUUCAUAUCUACUUGUUUGUAUGACAGAGUCUGAAGUCGUAUAUCGAGUUAUCGGCUGCUAGCAGAGGACUAGAGGUACACUAGAUGGUGGCUGUGAGGUACUAUAUACCAUAUUUAGGUAGGGAGAAAUUAUAUGGACAUAUAUGUUGUCCGCCGGAGAAUAUAGGAAUUAUUUUUCUAGCACCCACAGAUGAGUUUUGUUUGAGAGAAGUAGCACGUGCUAGUGAAACAAUACAAGUCAGAGCAGAUGUUUUAACAAAA